ACAGUAUUUGCAGCUGAUUUGCAUUGUCGUAGCUUUUUACAACUUCCUAAGCCUGUAGGGGUGGAUUUUCGUGCCUCGUGCUUUUGCCACAAAAAUACAAUUGACAUGGGCUACAUAUGCUCUGUUUGUUUAUCCAUUUUCUGUAAGCAUCACAAGCAAUGUUCAACCUGUGG